AGUUUGACUGUAAAAUGGCUAGUUGUCGAAACCCUGUUGUGUGAAAUUUAAGUAAAGACUUAAAUUUACCAACGAUGCACUACAGGCAUUAUUUUGUAGAUUUGUAAGCGUUGAAAGUUUGUAAGCGACAACAAAUAUAUGACGUCAAGAUUCCUCUAGAUGGAUAUCAAGUAACAUAUGUCAAGGCUUAGUGGAAAGGGACAAAAUUUGAAGUAUAUACUUUGAACAAGAAAGAUAACAUUUUUCUAAGUUACAUAUUGAUUUAUCAAUAAAAUCUAUUUUGACAAAUACGACCCACACACGAGGUAGUUUUGUCCUUUGCUAGCUGUUUGCUUACAGUACACUGUUUAAAUUAUCCUUAUGAAUUGUUAUUUGUCUCAGCUAUGUUCGAAUAAAGCCAGCUGAGAGCAAGGGAGGGACAGAAAAUGGUUUGCAUUUAUAUCAACAUUCCUUGCCUUGUAAUUCAGUUUCCAUGACGUCAAAGCUACAGUAUCAGCGAGGUUGAAAACUUUGUUGACAUUUUUUCUACUCAAAUGAGAAACAUUUGUACAAAUGACAGAGAAAAGACAGAGGAAUUUAGACUGUAAUAGAUUUUAUAUUUAAUAUCUUCAAUUUAGAAUUCAUUGAGUCGCUUUUAAAAGCAGCUAAGACUCUUUGAAUCAACUGAACGCUUUGCAGAAAGUUGUCAUCAAUGCAUCUAUGAAUGGAAAUUCCCAAAAAGGCAAACAUUUUGGUGGCAUUUAUCGUGAGUAAAACUUUGCUUUUUUUCGCAAACUGUGCAUAAUUUUCAGGUAGAUUCUAAAUUUUUUUCCGUGCUUUUUACAAUGUAAGGCACAAAUCUCAUAUUAUUAUUUGGUCAAGUCAAUUCCAUCACAUCUAACGUUAAUGCAACCGAGAGCCAAAAUUGCAGGGAUUAGGAAGCAAGACAGUAAUUGUUUAUACUUUUCCCACCCUGGUUAUUUCUCCUAUUCAACUCACCCCGCAUAAACAGAGUGUCACCAACCUUUCCAUUAUUCUGUCUACAUUGUAAAUCGCUUUAAAAAGUAAAAGUAAAUUAGCAAAUCUAAGCUGGUAGUAAGCUAAUCUACUGGGCUGGAUUUCCGAUUGUGGACAGCGCUUGAGGCAAAUUAAUGGCCAAUCGAUUAGAAAUCAAGCCAAUUUGCGUUGCGAGGGUGGCAUUGCAUGGCCAAAGAAAGCGACUUCAAUUAUUGGAUUCGGUUUAGGCAGUUUUGGCGCCCUUUCGUUUCCAGCUAGUCUUUCGGCAAAAUAAAAUGGCUCUUUGAACCAAAUAUAAUAAAGAACUUGCUAAUGUGUAGAAUAAGGAAUGCCUACUCUUUUUAUGUGUAGAUGUAAAAUUUGAUCUUAGCUUGUCUGUCAAAACUGAAAGAGAAAAAUAUUGUAUUGCUUUUUAUUGGUUUCUUUUUCAAUUGGUACACAGCCAGUGGUUAAACCACGCUUUUUACUAAAGGUCAGAAAUACGAAUAAUGGUAUCAGAUCAUUACGUUUCCAAGGGCCUAAAAUCUGGAAUUCACUCCCGGAAUCAAUAAAGACAGCACAAAUGGUAGACAGUUAAAGAGUUUAAUCAGAACUUGGUUCCUUGAAAAGAAGUGCGCGUGCUCGUUUUGCAGUAAAUAAUCUGGCACGAUGUGGUGUUACUGCGAUCAAGAUGGGUUUUCAGUGAAAGAUACAGUUUUAAAGACCAAGUCUUACAUGACGAAGAGAAUUUCGUGGUCAUUGCGAUCCUAGUUCAUUUAAGCCCACUCACAUCAGAAGCACAUGAAGAUCGGUUGGUAGUAGAAUAUUCGGGGUAAACAUGACACUUUUCAUCUGAUCGAUAAUAUUUGUUUUUUAUCUCAUUAAUCUCUGGAAGAUCGCAGUCACUGGAUGUGCGUGGACAAAUGCAAAAGCUGUUUUUCUUGAGUUGACAAUAUUGCAAGCUUGUUUGGUGUUAUCAAUGGGAAUAAAAGGCGGAUAAACAUUUUUUAUCGGAGUUAUAUUGCGCGAAUCGUAUCGGUGAAUAGAAAAUGAAUUGUUCAUGGUCAACAUCGUGCUUGGUCGUCCCGGAGUACAUGAUAUCUUGUACAGACGACGCUUUUAAAUACAACAUUCUUAUCAACUGCAUUGUCAACUUCCUCUUUGCUGUAAUCUCAACCGUGCUUAAUGGAAGUGUCAUAUGGGUCAUAUUUUCGCACGAACGUCUCUGGACAACCUAUUACAUGAUACUCCUAUCUUUAGCAAUAACAGAUUUUACUGCCGGAAUUUUGGCGCAGCCGUUGCACAUAGCAAGGCUAGCUGUUUUAGCCACGAAGGGACAGCCACCAUGUGCUCUUGACAUUGCCACGGUAGCUAUUGGAUAUACAUUACCAGCCACCUCGUUUUUUACUGUCUCCUACGUGACUCUCGAGCGUUUUCUCGCCAUUUUUUAUCCGUUUUAUCACGAACGCCGUUGCACCAGCAAGAGCUCUCUGAAAAUGAUUGUGCUGAUAUGGAUAAUUGGGGCCUCUUAUGGGGCAGUUGGGUGUCUCCCGUACAAGCAAACCAGACUCGCAUUUAUCGUAAUGGUCACUGUAAUUGGGACGUUCUUUUUGCUAUGGAACAGCUUUGCUUAUUCAAAAAUAUUCAUCAUAUCGAGAAAAAUUAGAAGAAAAAUUCGACAAGAGCAGCAACGUUUCGCAACAGACGAGAAGCUAGUGAAAGAGGCGAAGGCUGCCAAAACAACGUUCGUAGUAGUUGCAACGCUUUUUCUCUUCUAUGGCCCUGCUUUUACCACGACUGCAGUGUCACAUAGAAUCGAACUUUUUCCAAAAUUCAUAAAUAUCUGGGCAUACACCCUUAUGCUUGUUAAUUCGGCAGCAAAUCCUCUUGUGUAUUGCUUCUUUUGCCAGGACAUUGGACGUGAAAUGAAGAAACUCUGGUACCGUGUUAGAGUAAAGUCUGCAUCACCUAUUGAAGUAACUUCGAAUAAUCCUUCACAACAGUAUUCUUAAUAGAAAAGAUGGGUCUUGUUAAAGAAUGUUGCCAAUAAUGACAAGCGUUCUAAUUCAUAUCGACGAAGCUCCAUUUUGUAGGUUCCUAAAAUGCAUAAUGUAAUUUCCGUGAAAUCUGCGAAUAUUGUUGCCGCCGAACUGAAAUUCAUGUAGAUAAUCGUUUUAUUUGAAGUAGUAACUUUGAAUUAUCUAUUUAGCCUACAAAAGAAACUCGCCCGUUCUUUUUGCUAAACAAAUGAUCUUUGGUUGACUCAUUAAUAAUCUUAAUUCAAGUCACCUGAAUUAUUUACAAGAUAAAAACAUCGAUUCACAAUUUUUCAAAACUGUCCUUUUUAGUUGAUUUCAAGGUUAACAGUUUCUUAAAGGCUUCUUAAGUACGAAAUGCCAAAGAGCCACUUUACAGUAACACCAAGACCUUGGACAAAGUAACUUGAAAUAGAACCCUCAAUAAGUCACGGAGCUCUUUUUUCUAUUUAAUUGUAUCAAUUAAACAGAAAGGAGAGUCGUCGAAGGAGUCAUUUUCACCCCAUCUUUAAGAGAAGGAUUUUCGAGAACAGUACUUUGGUUUCCUAAUUUUUUUAUCUUCUUAAAACUCGGUUUUUAAAGACGAUUUCUUUUAAAAAAUGACUGUAAAAGACCUCAUUUAAGGUGUUCUUGUGGCAAAUUUUCGAAAAACGUGGUUAAUGUUAUAACAUUUUCGAAAUUUGAACCGUUUUUUAUUUCUUUCAUUUCAUUUCGACCACGAUUCAACGAACACUCUACCCGCAACCUCCCAAAAAUCGAUAUGAAAAUGAUUGUCUGGUGUCUGCCCUUUGCAAAAAUUCGUUUCGUUUUUGAUUCGUUCUUGCUCGAUUUAAUUUAUUUCAUAAGAUUUUCUUAUGUAAAUUUCCAAAGUUCAAAAACUUGUUGGAAAUUCAAAAACUUGAGUUUGUUUAACUUCGCUUAAAAUAACCUGGAAAUUCAGAGACUAAACCUUGGUUUGACCAAAUAAAUGAUUAUAGAAGCAAAAAUUGCUCAACUUCUUUCAGUCUUACUCAGCGAGAGUUAUACUUGGCCAGCCAGUUUUACUAAGAACUACGAGAAACUUAUGUUGCUUUUGUAUAUUUUUUGUUUCAUUUCUCAUAAGCUAACGCUCCCAAAUCUCAAACGUUGUUUUAUAAAAAAACGAACAUUGUUGCCUGGGAAGAGGGAAUGGCUAAAUUUGUGCUCGAGGUCGGGACCUCAGACUUACGUUAUUGUUCCCAGACUUUGGGCAGGGCUUGUUGAUGCAGCCAAGAAGUUAAUGAAUAUUUUACAACCAAACUAUCAACUAAACCUGAAUUCCAGCUAAAGAUAGAGCGAACAACAAAACUACAAGAGCAUUAUAAUGAACAUGAACUUACUACGAAUACAAAAAAAAUACAGAAACAAAAUUACUCAAAGAAAGAGCUCCCUCACUAGAUAAACCUAUCAAGGAGAGAUCCAAUUCUCCAAUUCUGAGAUAAUAUUUAUGAAUUUUGAUGAAUCGAAAUAGUUUAAAGAAAUUUAAUGAUUCGUCUUUUCUUGCAGCAGUCACAAAAGUAGCCCAGGAUACCCCUCAGACAUGGCCGUUCUUCGUUCACACAAAAUAACUGUAAAAACAUUGAAAAUAGCAAGCAAGACUGAAAAAAGACAAGAAAUAAAUUACGAGGAUCGAAAUAUUUAGCUGGUUUGCCCUGCUCAACAAGUAGUUUUUUAGAUUUACUUUGUUUAAGAUGAAUUCUGAGUACAACAGGUAGUGCUUAAACAAAAGCAAAUCGCGGUAACUGGCUUGUUUUGUAGAAUAUUGAUGAACUAAAUUAGAAAAAGUUAUAAAAGCAAUAGGUUUACGUUUUGUUGGUAGAAUUAAAAACUUUGUGGGUAGAAAAGUAAAAAGUCGAAGUUUAGAAAUCUUCGAAAGUUUCAAAAAUUUGAGAUCUUUUAAGAUAGACGAUGAUAUCGAAGCUGAAAUGAAACUAAUUGCCUUUUUUCUGUAAAUUGAAGCUGGUUAAAUUCAUCAUUCAUAUGUUUGGCCCCAAACAAUAAGGUCAUGUUUCAAGAAGGACAGAAACAAAGAAUUGCAUAAGCAGAGUUAAAUAUCUUAGUUAAAUAUAAUGGAAGUAAGCAGGGUCACCGACACAGGUUUGAAAGUAAGGAGGGCCAGAGAAAAUUAAAGACCCAGUAACGAUUUCACAAAAAAUUCUAUUCUUUUGCAGAAAAAAUUGGGGCAAAGGCACCCCACCCCCCGUAAUCAAGCACCCUGAUAAGUCUCUUGUUUUUAAAAAGAUUUCACAUAUUCUAGCUAACUUUUUAAAUAGUUCUCUGAGUUGGUAUUCCCAGCUAAGUCUAUCAGAAGGCCUAAAAAUCCAACAAUUUUCACUCUAUUGACACACCUGGUUACUCUCACAAUAACAAUCACAAUAACAUAAUGUAGAAUGAAAGAUAUCGUAGAUAGUUUUAUCAAUAUCUAGAUAUAGUUUAUCAGCAUCAAGCCAUUUCUUUACUGGGCGUAGCUCUCUGUUAUCAAUUUGAUUGGAUUAGACAGAUCACAUGACUCAUAAGAUGUGCUUUUAUCAUCACCAAGUAGAUAAAACUUGAAUUUCUUAGACGCACUAUAAUCGUCACCAAGUAGAUAAAACUUGAAUUUUUUAGAUGCAUUAGGCAGUUCAGUGAUAUGUAUAAUGGAAAAUAAUGAGCCCAGCAUAAACCAUUGUGGAGCACCACAAUUAAUUUAGAGCAAGUCAGAUUACUUCCGUUAGCAGAAACGUAUUGCUUUCCAGAUGUCAUAGCAAAGACUCAAGGCCGCUAUUUUUAAUCAUUUUGUCAAGAAAGAUUCGAUUCUUAAAUUGCAGGAUUCAUCAAGAAUUUGCCCAAUAAGACUUAAUCAUGUCUUCCAUUGUAACACUGUCCUUUAAAUCUUGCAUUAUAUUCUAAUCCACAGUAACGUAAUCAAUCACACGUUCGUAGCGUCCCCUUGUUUGUGUUUGCUGCACGUCAAAUAAAAUUAUUCAAACGACUCUCAACACAAGCAAAUUAUAUGAACCAGCGAUUCAUAAGCAUCAUCUUGAGUUCUUAUAUUGGACUCAAUCGAAAAUAUCUCUCAUAGAGUGGAUCCAAGGAGUUUUUUCUCUAGAUUUCUGGUAGCCCCUGGUAUUCGUUGUGAAAAACAAUAGUACGUUUGAGGGAAGAUUGUACCAGAUACCAGAUAUCAGGGUUGGAGAAUUCACCGUACUUUAGGUUGUUCAGGAGUCUGCAAGCAACAAACUAAGUCUUUCCUGUGACAGUAAAGCACACAAUAGAAAGACAUUUUCGCUCGAAGAUUUGAAUAUUCAUUUACUAUCCUUGUUAUAAUGACCACACACCGUGCUUACAUUGGAUCAAGAGUGCCCCAAGACUAACAGAAAUUUAUGAGAGACUAAAUUUUCAUCUCUGCUGACGCAUUUGUGAGUUGUUGCUCUUAUGUUAAGAGGGGUUUUCCAUAAGGAAAAGAAAUCGAACAAACGUAGGAUUUUAUUUCCAGAGACAAAAAUUGAAUUGAGACAACGACUAACUUAAAUAGGUCAGCUGCACAUUGUCUGCUUUAUUUUUUCAGUCUAAAGUCUUUCCAUAAUCUGGAGUCUGUAAUUCUGAUUUCUAAGUUAGGAAAUAUAUAUAACCAAUUUUGGUUCAAAAUAGUCCAAUUACUUCAAGGCGAACAUCUGCUUGUUAAUGAAAAGUCAUUGAAAUUUUAAUGUUUUGUUCAUCUUUAACAGUCUCAGGCUGAGCCGUGUUUUCAUGAAAUACGUACGAUAAGCUAACAGAAAUAUCAGCGACGUGGUCACAGUUUAUGUUCCAUAAAUAGCAGCAAGAAGCUAAUCAAAUCGGAUAAGUCUGUCUAGAUCAGAAAUUAGAUCAAAAUGUGACCAAAUAUAGAAUUAUUUAUCCUCAUAACCACUUUAACGAAGAGAUUUAAUUGUUAAGUCUAUUGUAUGGCCUUGGUUGUUGGAGAGUUCUCUGGGUAGUGUUAAAUCAAUUUAAGACGCUAAGUAGUCGGGCCCACGAAGAAAAUUAGGGGUUGUUGCCAACUGAAAGCCAACGACAAUACAAUUACUCGUGUUAGAACAGAAAGAUGUUUUAUCUAUUAAUUUCUCCAGGAUUUUGCUGCCCAAAGCGUCCAUCAAGCAGAAAAAGAAAAGGAAAGAUUAAUGGUUUGCAGAUUAAUGGUUUCAACAACUGAAAGGAAGACCAUUGAAAAAGAUAAUUUUAAAAGCCACACCUUGUCUACGCCUAUUUCUUUGCAUGUUUGAAAUAUCUGUAAAUUUGGGCCCAUUUGUUACAGGAAGGAUGAAGUCAUUCUGAAGCUGAUUGCUUGCAAAGAGAAAAUACGAAAAGGAAUCCUUUCCUUGAUGCAUUAGACACUUGAGAAGAUUAUGAGAUACCCGGCCCAGGUUUGAACUAGCAAUCAUGUUAUCAAGGGAUCAAUUUGCUUACCCCAGGUUUCAUUUAACGAUUCUAUCGCUGUUGAAUCUAACGUACACUUGUUAUUACAACAGGCACCGCACACCAGUCUAAAAGUGGGUGGGCUGAGAAGGGUAUGACGGAAAAUCUGAUUAGGCCACGCCCUUAAGAACGCCAGAAAGAUAAUAAUUACUGUGAAAUAGAUAAACAAGAUAAGACGCCAAGAAAAUGAACAAAGAAGGUUCCCAGUCAAGAAAAAUUGCUACUACUCAGAAUCCGUCAAAGUAAAUUUUACAAAAGUUGCGCUAGAGUAAAUUUCUAAAAAAUUUCUAACCUAUUAUUGCAAAAGGAGGGGGGGGUCUUUAGCCCCUGCUAGCCCAAUGGCUGCGCGGUGCCUGUCUACAUUGCAAUCGCAACAAGAGUUAAAAUUAGUCAGUUUCUUGAUCUUACCUAAGCUUUUGACAUCGACAAUCAGGAAAUUUUGAAGAAACUAUCGGUGCACACAAAAUGAGCAAUCGUCGAACAGAGCUCGUAAAAACAAAUCAAGCUGCCGUAUUCCACAAGCAUCGUGUUUGGGACUGCUCUUGUUUAUUAUGAAGAGAAAAUGUUUGUACACAUUUGCAGGUAGUAUGCAUUUGUACACAGCACACUUGUUUCCUUCAAUAUUCCGAAUUAUAAAGGGGCAGUUAUGAAGAUUAUUACUUUUUUGAUAAUAAUGGUUUGUUUGAUAGAGCAUCUAUGAAAAGAAUAUUGAAUCACGAAUUAUCGAGGGUGAGCGGAAUGUUUGCCAGGAUAGUGGUAUCAGCUUUUAUCGAAUUUGAAAAAUAUGGCGAUUGGAUACGCUCUAGGCCAAAACAUGGCUACAAUUCGGCAUCUUUAUAUUGCGGUUGUGAGCUUGCAGCGUAUACAACAAUCGUCAGAGGAUCAUGGGAUUGCAUGGCCAUGUUUGAUUUGUUUUUGUUAAUUCCAUGGCUUGCUUGAAACAUUAUCACGUUUAUACCAUAUUGGUGUUUUUUCUUUACCAUUACCUAACAAAUUAAGAUAUUCAUGUCAUGCAAGUCGAAGAAGUUUUUCAUUCGUCUUCACGGCAGUUGCCUCUGCAGAGCGAAAACUCGCAAACUUCUUUCACGAGCAAACUGAGAUAUGUUGAUUAAUAUUGUUGCAUUUUGCAUAUGAAGCCGCAGGGCCUAUUUUAGUGUGGUUUUUCCCACAUUUUGUGGUCUUGGAAAUCCAAAAUGUGGUCUUGGAAAUUCAAAAUUGUGGAAUGAGGUUUGUCAUGUUAGCUAUGAUAA